GUCAGACCGCCCUGCACAUCGCCAUUGAACGUCGCUGCAAACACUACGUGGAGCUGCUGGUGGCCCAGGGUGCUGAUGUUCACGCACAGGCGCGUGGACGUUUUUUCCAGCCCAAAGAUGAGGGUGGCUACUUCUACUUCGGUGAGCUGCCCUUGUCCCUGGCCGCCUGUACCAACCAGCCCCACAUCGUGAACUACCUCACAGAGAACCCUCACAAGAAAGCGGACAUGCGGCGUCAGGACUCUCGGGGCAACACGGUGCUGCAUGCUCUGGUGGCAAUUGCCGAUAACACCCGGGAGAACACGAAAUUUGUCACCAAGAUGUAUGAUCUCUUGCUCAUUAAGUGCGCCAAACUCUUCUCUGAGAGCAACCUGGAGGCUGUGGUCAAUAAUGAUGGCUUUUCACCCCUGAUGAUGGCUGCCAAGACGGGCAAGAUUGGG